AUGGUACCGGAGCGCCCCGGCGCGACAGUUCCAUCUCCCGCGACACCGGCCGACAUUGCCGCGGAGCUGACACUGGCGGUCCACGACCUCAACGCGCGAGGCCUCUUCCAAGCAGCGCAGUGGGCAGCCGAGCAGCUUGUCGGACUGGAGCUUCACUCCCCACAUCAGGGUGCCUCUGGUUGGCAACAUCAUCAACAGCACCAUCCCCAAGGUCACGCCGGCUUCACCAGUCGAACCUCCAGCCCCCAGACUGCCAACCUCCUUUCCCGCAACGACCCAGAUGAACAGCACCCCCAGUACCUAUUGGCUCGUGCGUACUUUCAAUCCAAGGAGUACCGUCGAACUGCUCACGCGCUCUCGGGCCUGACUGGUCCGCUGCCCACCUUCCUGCGCCUGUACGCCACGUACCUGGCGGGGGAGAAGCGGAGGGACCCCACCGCCGUCGCUGCAUCUGCUACUCCGUUGCUAUUUCCCGCCGCCUCCGCGCCUGUUGUUCAGACUAAUGCACCUCCCAGCCCCACCGCCGUCGCUGCCGCUGCUACUCUGAUGCUAUUUCCCGCCGCCGCCGCACCUGUUGUCCAGACUAAUGCACCCCCCAGCCCCACCGCCGUCGCUGCCGCUGCUACUCCGUUGCUAUUUCCCGCCGCCUCCGCGCCUGUUGUUCAGACUAAUGCACCUCCCAGCCCCACCGCCAUCGCUGCCGCUGCUACUCCGUUGCUCAUUCCCGCCGCCGCCGCACCUGUUGUCCAGACUAAUGCACCUCCCAGCCCCACCACCGUCGCUGCCGCUGCUACUCUGUUGCUAUUUCCCGCCGCCGCCGGCACCGACACCUUCUCCAACAUCCUGUUUGUGAAGGAGGCCGCCGCCCCCCUCUCCGUACUGGCUCACCGAGUGGCCGCCACGGACAAGUACCGCCCGGAGACAUGCUGCGUGCUGGGGAACUACUACUCGCUGCAGGCAGCCAGCCAGGCGGGCCCCUACCGGGAAGUCGGGUGCUUGCCAGCCAAGGUGUGGUGCGUGGGGCGGGAUGGGCGGGAUGCAUACCGACGCGCCAUCGACGUGAGCCCGCAAGACUUCCGAGCGUGGUACGGCCUGGGUCAAGCUUACGAGUUGCUCAAGAUGCCGUACUAUGCGCUGUACUACUACCGCCGCGCGGCGCAGCUGCGGCCAACCGACGCGCGGAUGUGGUGCGCCCUGGCGCAGUGUUUCGUUCACGAGCAAAUCGGUUUGCAGGACGCUGCCGUACGGGCGUACCAGCGUGCGAUUGCUCAUGACGACCCUGAUGGGAUUGCCGUACACAAACUGGCGAAGCUGUACGAAUCCCGAGGGGAGCCCCACGCGGCGGAGAGGUUAUUCCGCGACAGCUUGCGGCGGCUGGAGCGGCAUUCGCAUGCGUUCUUGUCUUUAUCGUUCGCUGCUCACAACUUUCCCACCUCUCUGCCUCGCAUGUGCCUUUGCCCGCUGCUUCUGCUGCCUGGCCAGUUCGACCGGUCCACGGCGGUGGCGGCCCUUCACCGCACCGGGGGUGAUCCCGUGGCGGCGGUCAGGGCGUACUGGUACCCCGUGACAGGGGGGGGAGGGGGAGAGGGGCCAGAGCACGGAGCUUGA